CUCACACCGCCAUGUCGUCCACACGUACCUCCCUUGCUCCUGGCAGCGCCUUCCCCUCUCUGACUCUCCCCAAGGUCGGAGGAGGAGAGGUCACCUUCCCCUACAAGAACACCGAGACCCUCGUCGUGUUCUACCGUGGAAACUUCUGCCCCUUCUGCCAGGGCACUCUCAAGAGCCUGCAAGCAGCUCUCAAGUCCUUCGAGGAGAUCAACGUCAAGGUCAUCGCGAUCUCGGCAGACAAGGAGCCCGAAGCCAAGACGACCGUCGCUAACUGCGGCAUCUCCUUCGAUGUCGCCUACGGCUUGGAGCCUUCGACCAUGCAGAAGCUGGGACUCUUUAUCAGCGACCCGACCAACUACAUCGAGCAGAAGCACAAGUUCAGCGAGCCUGCUUGGUUCUUCAUCAAGGAGGAUGGCUCCGUGCGCUACCUCGACAUCGGCAGUGCUCCGAUGACCGCACGCCCUGUCCCGGACUCCAUCAUCAUGGCUGUCAAGUGGGUGCGUGAGCAGCUCGAGACUCGCCCAGAAUUUGGCAAGGUGGUGUGGGGAUCAGCUCAGGCUUGAGGAGACUGAGAGAGAGGACACAAGACGAAGCCGACGAGUGUUAUGGACGUGGACUUGAGUGAUGAAUAAGCUGAAACUUG